AAUUUUCGUGCAAUGAUUUAUUACGACUUUCGACGUGGAUUAUCAAGACAGGAGUGCAUCGAUCAACUUACUUCCACUUUUGGCGAUAAAGCCCCACGUCCUGCCACUGUGAAACGCUGGUAUAACGAAUUUAAUCGUGGUCGCCGUUCGCUCACCGACGAAAGUCGUGAAGGUCGUCCAAAAUCAGUUGUUGUGUCAGAAAACAUUGAUGCUGUGCAAAAACUAAUAAUGCAAGAUCGUCAUGUGACAUACUGUGAGAUUGAGACAACCUUAGGCAUUAGUUCCACCAGCAUAUAUAAAAUAUUGCAUGAUCAUUUAGCCGUGAAAAAGGUUUGUUCUCGUUGGAUCCCACAUAAUCUGACAAAAUCUCAAAAAGAUGCUCGUGUCGAUUGGUGCAAACAAAUGCUUAAGAAAUACAAUGGCGGUGCUUCAAAAGACGUGUAUAAGAUUGUAACAGGUGACGAAUCAUGGAUCUAUGCGUAUAAGCCGGAAACUAAACAGCAGUCGACUGUAUGGGUGUUUCAAGAUGAACCAAAUUCAACAAAAGUUGUUCGCGCUCGAAGCACUUCGAAACAAAUGGUCGCCUGUUUUUUCGAAAAAACUGAUCAUGUGGCAACAGUGUCUUUAGAGGAACCUAGAACGGUCAAUUCUGAAUGGUACACAACCAUUUGUUUGCCGGAAGUCUUCGGUGAAAUAAGGAAAACAAACAAGCGCCGCCGGAUCAUUCUUCAUCAAGACAAUGCCAGUUGUCACACAUCUCGUCUAACAACCGACUAUUUGAGCACUCAAAAAAUCGAAUUAAUGGGUCAUCCGCCGUACAGUCCUGAUUUGGCACCAAAUGACUUCUUUUUGUUCCCGAACGUCAAGAAUAAAUUGCGUGGACAACGAUUUUCGUCGGCAGAAGAAGCCGUUGAUGCAUUCAAAAACCAUGUUUUGGAGGUGUCUCAAGCGGAAUGGAAAAAAUGCUUUGACAAGUGGUUCGAACGCAUGCAAAAGUGUAUAGAUCAUAAAGGAGAAUAUUUUGAAAAACAAUAAAGUCAUUUUCAAUGACAAAUUACUGUUUUUUUA